CUGAUUUCUGAAAUGUUAAGUCGGUUAAACCUGUAAAGUUAUGGAAUAAAUUAAAAGUCAAGUGAAGUGAGUCAGUGCAGUGGAAUCGGGUGGAACAGAGUGGAAUGAGUGGAAUUUUCUUAUAAAGUGCAAUAGUUUAAUUAAGUUUAAUCCGGUUUGAUCGAUCAGUGUUUUUGCAAUUUUGGAUCAUAAUCUGUGACGAUUUUCGAAUUAAAUAUAGCCAAAAAUGCAGAUUUAGUUCCCAUAACAGAAAUAAAGAAUUAAUGGUCACGAUGCAGACGAUAAAAUGUGUUGUAGUAGGUGACGGAGCUGUGGGUAAAACUUGUCUACUUAUUUCUUAUACCACGAACAAAUUUCCUUCUGAAUAUGUUCCGACCGUAUUCGAUAAUUAUGCCGUGACUGUAAUGAUUGGAGGAGAUCCAUAUACUCUUGGACUUUUUGAUACUGCUGGCCAGGAAGAUUACGACCGUCUUCGGCCUCUGAGUUAUCCACAGACGGACGUUUUUCUUGUAUGUUUUUCUGUAGUUUCGCCAUCAUCCUUCGAAAACGUCAAAGAAAAAUGGGUUCCGGAAAUUACUCACCAUUGCCAGAGAACACCCUUUUUAUUAGUCGGGACGCAAGUUGAUUUGAGAGACGACGUCGGGAUUGUUGAAAAACUUGCCAAAAAUAAGCAGAAACCAAUUUCCCCAGAACAAGGAGACAAACUGGCGAAGGAACUAAAGGCGGUCAAGUUUGUCGAGUGCAGUGCUCUCACUCAAGGUUUCAUCAGGCAUAUUUGCUCCAAUAAUAUACUAUGUGACAGUUAUUUUUUACCUACUUUACUCGAUAUAAAAAUAAAUUUGAUUAAAUAUGAGUAAAUAUCGUCCGGUAGCGUGUCCCUGAUUACCUUUUCUUCAAAAGUAUGAUAUUAUAUUUUAAAAGAAAGCCUAAUCUCUAAUACAAAUACACUUAAUUUUUAAGACUUAGUGGCUGAAUUACAAAAUAAAGUUUUUCCUCUUUUCCGAUCAUAGUUCGAGAGUUAUAAUCGCUUUUUAAAUGUUCUCGAGUUUCCAUAUCGUUCGGAAAAGAAACAGUUUUUCUUUAGUUUUAUGGCUUAAUAGUUUAAUUUUCCCAUUGAAAGUAACACGGCUUUAUUAUUAGAAGGAUAAUAUUUUGGAGACGAGAUUGUGAAGAAAAUAUGAAUAAAACGUGUACUUUUUACCUGUAAAAACUUAAUUGAUAGGUGAAUCAGAGUGCCGAUUUGACCUGGAAACUUGGAAACGACUUAGAAUUGGUUAAAUUGCAAUAGUCGUUAAGAACCAUGGAAAUAAGCAUGAAUUUCAUUUCCAAACUUUGAUUUUUCUGAAAGACCAUUAAAAAAAAAA